GAAAGCAGCUUUCAGGAAACAGAGCACAUCUUCAUUACCGCCACAAUGCAGUUCAGAGAAAACAUCAAGGGAUGUACUCAUUCUCUAAACCACAAAUUGGGUACGAGGCUUUGAUGAAGAGCUACCACAAUAAAGUGAUCAAUCUAGCUGGAGAAAAGCAGAAAGGUGAGGUGCCACUGGUGGUCAAUCUCUUCCAGUCAGUUCUGGACGGCUUCAUCAGAGCGGAGAUUAAAAAAGAAGAGGCCGAACCAGCCAAGCCCCCCAAAGGUCGUAAGAUGAGAAGGAAGAAGGACAAGGGCUUGGAGAAUCCAUUGGACCAUGUGUUUACGAACUACCAAGUCAACAUUAUGCAGUCUUGUGAUCAGUGCACGUCCUACAUCUGGGGCAUGGAGAAGGCCUACAUGUGCAGUUAUUGCAAAAUGGUUUGCCAUAAGAAGUGCAUUUGUAAAAUCGCCAUAGACUGCUCUACUUUCUGCUCUAAGAAGUGUGAUGAUGAGCCAGGAUCACAACACUUUGGUGUUCGUGUGGGCCACCUGGUCAACAACAAGACCCCUGUGCCAAUCGUUCUGGAGAUAAUGAUGGAACACGUGGAAAUGAAUGGCCUGUACACAGAGGGCAUUUACAGGAAGUCCGGCUCAGCCAAUCGCAUGAAGGAGCUACACCAGCUGUUGGAAACAGGCCCAGAGAACGUUUGUCUUGAGGAUCACCCAAUCCAUGCCGUAACUGGCCUGGUCAAACAGUGGUUAAGGGAGUUGCCUGAACCGCUCAUGACCUUCACGCACUACAACGACUUCCUCCGUGCAAUAGAACUGCCUGAAAAGCAAGAACAAUUGCAAGCCAUUUACAGAGUUUUGGAACAGCUUCCGGCUGCCAACUUCAACACCUUGGAGAGACUCGUUUUCCAUCUUGUCAGGGUUGCAAAGGAGGAGAAGAGUAAUCGGAUGACGCCAAACUCUCUAGCCAUUGUUUUUGCCCCCUGCAUCCUCCGUUGUCCGGACAGCGCUGACCCACUCAUGAGCAUGAAAGACGUCGCCAAAACCACCACUUGUGUGGAGAUGAUACUAAAUGAACAAAUCCGGAAAUACAAUGAGAAAAUGGAGGAGAUCGAGCAGCUGGAAUACGCUGAGGCACUGGCAGUCAAUCAGCUCAAGCUUAAAAGACGAAACACGAGCUGGAAUUUACCUCUCAGGUUUAUCACUCCUUACAAAGAAGUGGCGAUCCGGGAGACGCCAGGUUCCGACCUUUGUGCUGUACCUGAGGAUGAGCCCCUGGAUUCAGAUACAGAAGCUGAGCGAAGCCUGAUGGAGCGGAUCAAGUCCAUCAAGCAAGAAAAAGAGGACCUUGCCUGCAGGCUACCUGAACUAGAACAGCCCGGUUCUGACCAGGAGAACCUGGACUCGGAGGCAUCUGUCAGCUCUGAGAGCCUGUUGGAUGAGCGAGCAGUCUGUUCGGACACGGAAGGACAAACAAUCGUAAUCCCAAGAUUAUCCAAACCAGCUUGCCUUCCUAAGUCUGUCACCCUGGCCCAAGGAGGCAGCACAUGGGCUGACGCCUCCUCUCUUCCUUCACUGUCUUCUCCCAGGCUUCAGCUCCAGCGUCGCUGCCCUGUCAUACCCCAAACGGUCAAGCUGCCCCCAGGAGUCUUGUGCCACCCGGCUGUACAGUCCCUCCCUCCCCGCAAAGCCCGGUCCCUCACCCUCGUCCAGCGGCGCGAGCAACCGGGCCGCCGCAAAGACAGCAUCCAGUCCCUCUACAUCGCCGCUGGAGUAGAUCUCCUCUUCCCGCCUUCACCUGCAGCCUCAGACACCGCCAGCGCACAGGAGCUCCAGACCUCCUCACGACGUUUCUCAGACCCAGACAUUGCUUUCGUAAAGGACGAGGUUUGAGUUGCAAAGUGGCAUGCUCUCGAAAGAGCAAUUUGAUUUUAUUGACGUCAUUGGCGCGGACUACUUGCCCCGGUCAUAGUGACUGAUAAAAGAGAAUGGUCUCACCUAGCACUUUUCCAUACUAAUAAUAUAUUGGAUUUUUAAAGAUACUUUUUUUAAGACUCAGAUUUGGGCGGCAUAUAGGCAUUGACAUGCAUCAAUGCUUUGCUUUUUUUUUAACAGUCUUGCACCUUUGUGUCUUUUUAACGAAGAUGAAAACUAAUUCAACCAUGAGGAGUGAUCCCUUGAUGGUGUUUUGUGGAUGGAUUUAUUCAUACACCCAAAGCUUUGUUCAUCUUAAAUGGACUUUUAAGUUGUAGAUCCUACUUCAAUUCCUGCACAAGAACUCAAUGGACAAGUUUUGACUAGAAGGGGGAAGGAUGCAGCACUAGCCACUUUCCUCUCGGACCAGAAUGCCAUAACCGAAUGCAAUUUUACAUCAUAACUCAGAACUUUUUCUUCUUUUCAUUUUGGUAAACGAUAUGACACUUUGGAUCUGCGUGGAUGUCUGUUCAGAAUAGCUUUGUGUAGGACAGUUAUUGGCCAAGCCAUUGUGUUGAAUACUAAAGUCAAGAGUUACGAGUGUUGUUGAUUGUUGAAUGAAAAGUAUGGAACGAAUGCCGGCUGGAUGUCUAUGAUGUAAAUUACGUUUUGCAUCAUGAGGACCGUAUGUGCCUACUAGUAUCGCUGUUUUUGAGUCCUCAGUGACGUUUUUUGCAUUUAAUGGAGAAAUGAAACUAAUUAUUUUCCUACAAUACAGUUUGUACUUGCC